UCACGAGGCUGCCAGGAGAAAAACUCCCAGUAAAUAAAAAUGUGACAUUUGACUUGGGCAAAGCCUCAGUUCUUCACUAAAGGCUCCUUGCUCAGUGCCAGAAAGCCUCACUCCUUUUGCCAUCCACUUUGGAGAAUGAAUAAAUUCAGGCAAAUCAGGAGCAGGGCAAAUCUGGAGAAAUUACAAAGGGGAGGAGUUCACCUUCCUGCUAUGGCUUUCAGGUCUGUCCUGGACUACUUACUCCAGUAUAAAACUGAGAGCAGAAAUAUGAUCACAUCCUGAGGAGCCUAAUCAAUUCUGGUUUCAACACUGAGCCUAUUUAAACCAGAGAAUGGAAUUGCUGUUCCUUGCUCUCUUCUGCCUGCACAUUCUCAAGACAGAGGCAGUAGUGGGCCACUGGUGCUAUCGGUCCCAGAAGUGUGAGCAGCCACAGUGUGAAGAUCCUUCUCAGUGGCACAACAUAUACGUGGCGUGCAAAGGGGACAGACAGUCCCCUGUCAACAUUGUCACCCGAAAUGUGGUUUAUGACAAGAGCCUCAAGCCCCUGGCGUUUGAAGGGUACGAUGUCAGGGGCUCUGUGGAUUGGACCCUGGAGAACAACGGGCACACAGUUAAAGUGGCGCUGGACACAUCCCCUAAAGUCGGAGGAGGAGGCCUGGGGGUAAAAUACAAGGCAGUAGAAUUCCAUUUGCACUGGGGAGUCCCAGGUGAGCCACGAAACUUCCCUGGCUCAGAGCACAGCAUAGAUGGAGAGAAAUACCCCAUGGAGCUUCACGUCGUCCACAUAAGGGAAGAUGCUUCAAAUGUGGCAGAAGCCAAGAAAAGUCCAGAUGGUUUGGCUGUGUUGGCCUUCUUUAUAAAGGCUGACGAAGAAAAUAAAAACUAUGAAACUCUAUUGAGUGCAUUAAAGGACAUUAAAUACAAAGGGGAUAUAGUAAAGGUGGAACCUUUGCCACUGAGCUCUCUCCUCCCACCUGAGGAAGACCUUGGGAGGUACUAUCGCUACCAGGGGUCCCUCACCAGCCCUGACUGCUACCAGGGCGUCAUCUGGACGGUCUUUGAGAAGCCAGUGGAGCUCAGCCUGCUCCAGCUGUCCCAGUUCGCAGAGCUGCACUUUGAUGGGAAGAACUCCACUCCCAUGAUGGAGAAUUUCCGGCCGGUGCAGCCCCUGAACGGGCGUGAGGUGCUGUGGUCGGGGGCCGGUGUUGUCCUGCCCACGGCGCGGCCGCUGCUGCUGCUGGCCCUGGCCAUGGCCUGCACCCUCAGCUCUCUGGCCCACUGAGCCUUCCCCGCCUCAUUCACCAUCCUGGGCCUUCACUUCUUGGUAUUUUUGCUGUUCUUUGUCUCAGCCUCUCAUGAAUUUUGUCCCAGUACAGCCUUGUCCUCCUCCAGACAUUAACCAAGGGCUUCCGUGCUGCUCUGGUGCAACCCAAACCACCAGAACUCAGAGGAGCUGGGAGAUAAAGCAAUGAAACCCAAACCACCAGAACUCAAAGGAGCUGGGAGAUAAAGCAAUGAAAAUUCAAAUUGAAAGGCCAAUACACUCAGAGAAAGCGUUAGUCUGGAUUAUUUUGUAGUUUUAAGGCAGCACUGGAAGGAGCUGCACAGAGAACCUUGGACAGGAAUCUGCUCCUAAGUGCCUGUGACGGGGUUGGUUUGGAGCACGUUUACAUUCAGCACUGCAAAUCUGGCAGUGAAAUGUGGAGUAAUUCCUACAACCCCACACUGUCCUACCUGAAGGUACAACACAGAGCAAAGAUAAAUGCUCACACACAACCCUCAUCCCCUGCAGGGAAGGGCACUCACCCAGCACAUAAAUCCCCCUCCUUCCUUCAGAAUAUCUCAGUUAUUUUCAGAUAAGGACACUGGGUUCCUUCCAGCCAAUCUCCUGCUGGGGCUACCAGGUUCCUCUGUUAUUUAUUCACCUCUCUCUGGGAUGCCAUGGCCAAUGUGAUGUGCUGGGGAGCAGCAGGGAGGCUCAUCCCCACCUACCAGAGGCACAUCUGUGGAAAUUCCCUCUCUUUGGAGGGCUGCUUCUGAAGCAGGAGACUCUGAUCAUCCUUUGUAGUUGUUAUUUGCCUAAUGAAAUAGGACAGCUCAAGAAAUGGCUCUUUCUUACAUAUAAAUAAAUAAAUAUAUAUAUUUCUUUUAUAUAUAUAAUUUUUUAUAGUAGCAUACCUGCAAUAGUCACAUAUGGCCAAGAUGCAUAGUUUUUUCCAAGAAGAUUGUGGUUUGAACCAAUUCCUUCAGAUCUUACCCCAUUACUUAUAGAAAAUACAUUUCCUUGUAUUAUUCUAGUUCUCCCUCUGAAGAGGGACAUAAUAUUUCUCCUUGGCUAGUGCCAUAUAAUGUGUUACAGCUUCUUUUAGGAUUUUAGAUUUUGGCCACACCAAAAUAGGAUUUCAUAUUAGCAGAUUUGUAUUUUUUUUUCCUUUAAGGGCAAUGUUUGCAGAGAUAACUUUAUAUAUUUUCAGGAAAAUCCUGGCAAUGAGAGCAACCACAGCUCACCAAAAGCAGGGAAAUUAUUUUCAUAUUAAUCAAUCAGUAAAGCUUUAAAAAAAAACAUAUGGUAAAUUAAAUUAACCUAUUUAAGUUUAAAGGAAAGAUUAAUACUUUAACUGUAUUUUUAUGUAACUGAAUAUCUUUGGAGGAGCAAACAAAAAUGAAAUAUUAAAGGUGAACAACAGACCUAUA